AUUCAUUUAAAAACAUCUUCAUCCAAGAAUUUCACAGGGGUACCGUUAGGGAAAAUUAAACAUAAAGCAAAUUUACUAUUACCACAAACACACUGUAGUUCCCUUUAGGACUAUUGUAGGCAUGUUAUAGUGAUUUUCAGAUAGGCUCAUCUCAGCUUUCCUCCCAGGCUUUCCUCCCACACACUUUAACUCUCUUGUUUCAGCAGUGAAGUACAGAAGCCUUAGAACCAUACAGUAACAGUGCAGAGAUGAAUGCUGCCAGUGUUACUUUAUCAGAUCAGUAUACAUGUGAUCCACCAAUGUGUUAUAAGCUAUUUAGGCCUAUAAAAGACAGGAAAUCCAAACAGGUGCAGGUGGCAUUAUGAAAUCAUAUGGGUCAAGAUAAAAACAGAAUGCAUGAACUGGAUUACAGAAACUAGAUGGCAAAACUAUCAUGCUGGCAGAGGUGUGGUCAUCUGUGUCAUUGUGUUAAAAGCCAUAUUUCCAGUUUUAAUAUUUGUGACUUUUUCAGUGACAGUGGUUGACAGUUUGAUCUAAAGAGCCUCACAGUGUCAGGACUACAUGCAGUCUUAAUGCUGGGUCCCCCAGAGGAUAUCAAAGCCUUUUCACAGGUUAUCUAAGUCGCUUUCUCUUUCCACUCAGCUAUGAAGGUCAAUGCCACAAAAAGCCCUUUGACUUCCGCCUGACAGUUAUUCAACGUGUUUGACUCUUUAAAUUCAACAAAUUCAAUGAGCUAAGAUUGGAUAUAUAACUCUGGUAUGCAAGUUAUAGGACAGUUUUUAUCUUUGCCUAUAGUGUAAAUAGUGAGUGCCUGUAGCAGGCUAUGGCUUUGUGCAAAUUCAUCAAACAAACCAAGAUGGUGAUGGAUAAAACAACAGUCAUGUUCUUAAAGAAAUUACAGGAAGUUUGUUACCCAAAUGUUUGCUGAGACAUCUGUUCAAUUUUGCAGAGGCACUUCUCAGUUCAACUUGUGCUGAAGGUAGUUUUGCACACAAGCAUUAACGUUACUGACAACACAGAUGGACAUACAGUAGCUAAUAAAUUGCUCCACAAUUUUUUCACAUCCAAAUAUAUUAGUUUCCUUGGCAACUUGUUUAAACUCAGACUGAUAGUUCAUUUGGUUACCUCGUCCACUCUGGUGUAACGCAGCGCCCCCGCAACUCACUGAGCUAUGCUGCUUUAACUGCUGGUCCUGCCUACCUGGGUACAAGCACUAGUCAGUGUGAGAUUAGUGCCAUUGCCAGGACUGACAGGUUGAAUGGAUGACAGGGCUGUGUGGGCCAAAUAGACUGUCAGAAAGAGCUUGGAGGAGAUGGAUGAGAGGUGGGAGAGAGGGACAAAGCAGGAGAGAGCAUCAGAGAGAGGGAAUACCAGAAAGGAAGAUGGAGAAAUGAUGGAGUGCUGAUGUGGCUACAGAAAUGCUUCGUCUUGCAUGCAAACUGGUAGAAGAGUUUCUGUGAUUGCAUGUGUUAUAUAUAUAGCAGCACUGUGUGGUAGAGACCAGUUGAAGUUGGCUUCCUGCCUGUUGAGAUGUGCCAAUAGGAAACACUGUGAACAGGGGUUCAUGCUGAUGAAAUUGAUCUGCUCAGUGAGCUCCAACCAGAGCCAUGGGGAGUACCCAGACUGCCGGAGUGAGAGGGAGUCAGGAGGGGAGGCGUCUCUCCUGGUGUCUCCGCUGGUGGUGGCGGGGAUCGUUAUAGGUCUGGUCCUCUUCCUCUCCUGCAUCACCAUCAUCGUCGGCAGCCUGCGCAAAGACAGUCGACUCCGAAACCCACACCUCCGAGCUAGCUACGGUCUGGAUGGUUUUUCCUAUGGAGGUUCAGUAGGAGAACUGAGAUCUACCUGCUUAGAAGACUUUCCUCCUGGUUUAGACUUUGAUUCAUACCGAGAGACUCUGUCACACGUCAACAACCUGUACACCGAUUCACCGCCACGGACACACAAAAAGUGGCAUCAGGACCCACCUUCACCUGUCUUUUCCUUGCAGAGUUGUCCGGUGUCCAGCUCUGUAGAGCGUCACAACCAUUGCAUGAACCCAUGCCAGAGGUCCUCCCUUUCUCGUGACCUUUAUGAUGAGUGUGUUGGCCCAGGUUCAACUCAGAUCUACAUACCAACAGACGACCCACCUCCUUACUCCCUUUUGGACCCCUUUCAGAGAGGGGCAGAGCAGGAGGAGCAGCCUAACUACACCAGUCCAGAUCCUUCUCAAUACUGUGGAGAGACCUCAGCCAGCGCCACCUGGUUCUCCCCCUCACACUACCCACUGGGACUACAGGAGCAGGAGCAUCAACACAUCGCAUCCAUCUCCUUCCCGCUGGAAGCGGCGCCGCCUUAUGAGUCAGUGUUGGCCGAGCAGCGACAGCCCCUCCCUCUCAUGCCAUGUGACCUCUAUAAACACCAAUCAGAGAGGGAGGAUGAUGGCAACUCCCGGCAACCAGGGGCAAACCAGAUCUUGUAGGAUAAUUAACUUGUUUCUUUCACCUGCAAUGUUGGUUGUCCCCAGAUGAAUUUAACAAACACGUGUGAUGUGGGGCACAAAACGAGGCGCUGCUGUGACACCAAAUAAUGGACAUAAAUGAGAAGCACACAGUUACUAACACCUAAUAAGGCUGAAACUUUACAGACAUCAGCUUCUCAGUGUACUGAAAUGCAGCCAGGACUUCGGUUUUCAACAAUUUAACUACAGUUUGUUUCUGGACAAAAUAAAAACUCACUAAUUGCGUUGUACUGUAAUGUUUCUGGAAUGAAAGCUUCUCUCAUAAAAGGUUUGUCAUCCUAAUGAUACUCACUUGGACAAAGACUCACCUCCAUCUGGUUAACACCAUUGUCCAGUUCAGUCCAGUUCAUGUUUUGACUGUUAAUCUAUUUUUCUUGAAUGAGGACGGUUUAGAGUUUAGACCUCUACAACAUCUAUUCAUCACACUGUACAUGACGACAAGCUGACUUGUCUUUGGAAGAAAGACUGAGUCUAAACAAUGUCAAUGUGGUAUUUAGUAGUAUAGUUUAAGGUAUCCACAAGCAUACAGAGUACCCCCCAACCCCUUCUAAUUUUUUUUUGGUAUGAUCCUCACCUAAAUGAUGUUUUGGAUGAAAGUAUAUUUGUGCAUGACAUUGUCAGCUUACAGAACACUACUGCUGAUUUCCAGUCUCUAUAGUGUGUAAACAUUUAAAACAGUGUUCUGUUCUGUAGCUUCCAGUGUGGUGGUAGUGUCCUAAGUGGUUAGAAGAAUGACUUCGUGGUGAAAUGGUUGCAGACAUAAACUAAUUAGGAAACGACCUGGACAGGAAAUAUCAACUCCCCCACCUUUCCAGUUAUGUCUGUUAUGUCUUUAAGAAAGGCAUUAUGAUGAUGUUAUGGAAGUCAGUGAUAAAUAUUUGCAACAUUCAUCUAUCACCAGAGAGGUAGUUUAUCCACCGUUGUACAAAUUGUCAUAACUCUUUCUAUCAAGGGCUCUAGUUUAUUAUCGAUUCUGUAACUGGACCCAAACAGCAAAAUGUAGCUGGGAGCCCUCCUGCUGAUGGGGGGAAUGGUGCAACAAAAAAGUGACACAUUAAACUGUAGACUUUAACACUCCAUUCACUUGAGAAAUGGAUGCUUAUGUCUUUGUCUGUUUCUCUCUUGGCUUGAGCCAUCGUGGAGUUUUUUUUCCCCCUUAUUGCACUAAAGCUGUAGCUUUCCAGACAUCAGUUAAACCUACAGUAGAGAUAUUUUGUCUCCCCCUUCUGGCAGUGAGGGUAAUUACACAAUUACCUAUUAUCGAUGAAUGCUCAUAACGUAUGCCAACAGGUGAGCUUGCCCCGGGCUCCUGUUCAGAAAUACUUACAAAAAUACAAAGAAAUGUCCACAGUUCCAAGACAAUGAUCCAUCAUUUAGGUAAAGUAAAUGUGAUAGCUACAUAGCCUGCUCCAAAGUUAAGCAACAUCUGUGUCUGCCCUCAGUCCCUUCUCUUCUCUCAGCGCUCUCCAAUGUGUAAAAGCUACACCCAUGGUUAUCCCGGUUUCUUUUUUAUUUGGACCACUGGCUCUGCCAUGCUCAUAUAUUCAAGUUGCUUUAGUCUACUUUGUCGCUGAGGUUGCUCCAGAGCCACGUAGAGAGAUUGACAAGGCUUUAUUGGCAUGACUGAUUCAGAUUCAGAUUCAUUCUUUAUUGUCCUCAGUGGAGGAAAUUUGUUUUCACAGUCCGUACAAAGAGCACCUUAAACAUGGAUUCUACACACAAACUACAUAUAGUACACAUAUACAGACAAUGUACACAUAUCUACACACAACAUAUUUAUGACUGCACACAGCAUUGUCAAAGCAUAUUAAGACAAACACAUACAACCAUUAUAAACAAAACAAACAAUAAACAAUUCUCAAUAAGAAAACCUUCUCUCCACUGGACCUUUUUUUCAGCAGUAAAUGGAGCUCUCUUGUGGAGUUCUCUACAUGGCUUUGGGUUUUGUCCCCCCUUCAGCUCUGGCAAGCCAAUCUUUGCUGGUUGACGUAAAACACAUCACUACUGGUUUGCCAGUGCAGGAAUGUUGCCACAGACACCAGAUUUAAAAACUCGAUUGUGUGAACAUGUUUGGCUUGAAUGUAACAGAUGUUCAUUUAUAUGUCAAAGUCCUGCACUCCAGCUUUAACCUGCAUAAGCAACAAAUGGGUAAUUUAAAUAUUGAUUAAUUAUCAGAUUAUUUUCUUGAUUCAUUUAUUAAUCGUCUAUCAAAUGACAAAGAAUAGAGAAAAAUUUCCAUCACGAUGUCUUAAAGCCUCUUCAAUUUGCUGUUUUUUUUCUGACCACAGUCCAAAACUCAAAGAUGUUAAGUUUACUUUCAAAUAAGACAGAAAAAAGUUUAGAAUUCUCACAGUUGAGGAAAGAAUGAUAAACUGAUUAAUCGACAAAUAAUUUCUGCUCUAUUGUAAACAAAUUGACAUCCAAACAAAAUUUUUUUUUGCAUGUUUUACUACAAAUUAUUUCAAAAACAGCAGAAAUUGUGAAUGUUUCUUUUUAGGUUGGCCAAAUGUAAACUAUAUGUCUAAUACAAAGCAAAUGUCUAAAUGCAACGAGUCUGCAUUAGAAAUGGAAUUUUUAUUUGUGAAAGUGAUGCAUCUCAGAAACUUUUUGACUGAGCAAAUCUGCAAAACAUUGAGUACAUUCAAAAGUAAAUUACUGUCAACACAGAGAGUAGUACGAAGGUCACAUAGUGCAGCACAAAUUACAAUUGCAGUGGUGUUGUAGAUGGGCAUUAGAGUGUCUGUCUUCCACCCUGGCAGCACAGCUACCAUUCCUGUCUUAGUCAGCAAUGGAAAUUUUAAUAAAUCAUAAACACAAACUCUUCCUGACCUUAAUCAACAGGUUUCAUUUGUUUGCCUUAAAUACAGCUUAACCAUAGUUGAGUUAAAUGUUGUGCAUAUGUAGAUCAGUGCAUCUAACACCCUGGAAAAAAAGGUGCCCAAGAGCUAAGACCUCUACUAUGGCCACCAGAGACCCUGUUACACCUCCUUAAAGCUCUCUCUGUUUUAUACAAUUUACCAUAUUGUGACAAAGACAGAAGCAAAGGAGCAAUGUUUCAAUAUUAUGUGUUUGUGGAGGCAAAAGCUGGGCUAUCCAGGAGACACAUAACCAUUUAUCACCAUAUAUUGAAGCAGGAAGUACUUUGCAUAACAAUGGAACUGUAAUUUAUAAUUUUAGAAUAAUAAGUCCAGAUAUUUUUUUUGUACUUGUUCUUUAAUUUAGAAAAGAAGAGGUCCUUGUGUGACAUUGUUUUUGUGUCAAAAUAUGUGCCUAAUAGCCCUCAGACUGUUAGCUUGAACAUUGUAGCCAUAAUAUAAUAAUCUCAAUGCAACCAACCCAGUGCUUUGCACUGUUAUAUGUUUGGAUAUUUUUAAAAAGAAUUAGUUUACUGGUGGGGAAUGGGACAGCAUUAAUCGAAUCCCUGUCAAAUACAUUGUGAUGGCAGAUUUUAUUGUGUAAAAAAUGAAACAUUGUCUGUUUCAAGCUGUUGUUCCAGUGAUCAGCUUCAUGUUAUCAUUUGGUUCAAUUUGGCAGCUAUAGACAAGUUAACUUUACAAUUCACACCCUUAGUUUUGUAUUCCAGCAUUUAACCGCUUUCAAAUGCAGAUCAUUUAGAGUCACAUGUUAGUCAGUUUCAACACAAAUCGUAACAACUCUUUUGAUUAUAUUGUGAUGGAUCGACCAUCUGUAGAAUCACUCUUUAACCACCUCCAAUGUGAUUCUCUGUUUUUACUUUUAUGCCAUGUUUCUCCUCUCUCCAUGUUUACCUCUGUUCUCUCUUUUCUUUGUCUGUAUCUUUCUCACUCAACGAUCAGAGAAUCUUCAAUACUUACCAUUUCUUAUUUGCUAUAUGCAGAACCAUUUACUUUAAAUUCAAUCAGUUCAAAACAAGCAAACCACAAUUAAUCUGGCACCACACAUUUUCAGUUUCUUGCACUGUGACUUUUAAACACAUGAAGAUAUAUUUUACUGAGCCCUAGGCCAAUUUGUGAUUUAAUGAUAAUUCUGUCAGUGUUGUAAUUAGAAUAGUUAUGCUAUCAGAAUAGUUUUUUAUCAUCUGGUGACAAAGGAAUUUAAUGUGUUCAUGUGAUUGACCUCAUCAAAUGACAUGCAACGCAAAAUACAUUAAAGAACCUGUGUAGUGCAGACAGGCUGUAUGACAAGAGGCCUAAUAUAUUCAGAGUGCAUUAAUACAGUACAUACUUAGAUAUAGCAUUAUAGCACUGGCAUAAUCAGUCCUGCAAAAACAUGUUCUCACAAGAAGAAACAGACAACAAACUCACAGAUUUAGUUUUUUGGAAUUUGGCAGAAGGGACUUUUAGUCUCCAGGAGAUCAACUGAAAUCUAAAACAUUUAAGCGCAGAGUUAUUCCAAAAAGGACAGAGGGAUUGUUGCAGAAUCACGCUUUUGGUUUUACUGUAAAAUGGUUUUCAUGUAUAACCAAAACCUUGAAACUGCAUCCCUACUUCUGUCCUUAUAUAUAAGACUAGAGUAACUCUACUCUUGUAUUCAUAUAUGUAUUCUUAAAUUAUUAGUUGUGAUUUUUUUUAACUUGAUGUACGAGUAUUUUUCGAAAGUUCUCUACUAUAUUUGGAUACAUUAGAUGAAAAACUGUGACACUUCUAGUGACAUAGAUGCUUUUUUUUUUACAUUUUCUUUUUUUACAUUUUUCCAAAAGUUGAUUCAGUUUUUCACAUAAUUCCAGAUUCAAGAGAUAUUUUGUAUAUAUAUAUAUUUAAUAUUUCCAAAAAGCGCCACUCCUCAUUAUAAAAGCAUAUGAAUUUAUGUUUAUGUAUUAUAUAUAAACAAAGUCCCAUUUAUGUAUGUUGAAAACAUAAAUCACAAAAAAGAUCAUCCCAUCAUGAAUAUAGAGCUUUACACAGUAAACUCAGUUUAACUAUCGCCCACCAGAGGGUGAUGCAGAACUACAAUAUGACAUUCAGCUCACUUACCUGUUCAAGAACAAGCCACAGGAAAACCUUAGUUUGAAAGUGUGAUCCUGGACACCGCAUAAGAUAAUAAGAUCAUCUGGCUCUACUUUGCCAUGUUUGUGUAAGUAUUUAAUGCUUUCUUAGAUUAGAGUAAAGUAAAAUGUUCAUCAGGGUUAUCAAUAUAUUAGUAUUUGUUCAUUAAAAACACACACUGAGAACAAGUGUGAUUUUUUCCUUGUCAAACUAGAGAGAAGUAUUUGUCAGGUCGUUCCAGUUGUUUGCAUAUAAUUACUUUUUUUAAGCACUAUUUUUUGGGUGCAUUCUCUGUAAGUAAAUGGUAUAAAUGUCGUAUCACUUCCCAUCUCUCCUCUCUCUUUCUUUCUUCGUCUGUCAAGACAACAGACUUCAUGUAUAUAUUAGGAACUGCGGUCUCUCUUUAUGUUCUGUAUUAGAGAUUUUGUUAAAAUAGUUUCUUCUGUAGAGAAGAAUGAAUAAAACUGAACUCUUAUAUGAA